AUGUCACCGCCUAUCACAUUGCUCCAGCUAGCGACGCUGGUAUUUGCAACAACGUCGAUUGCCCUUAACAACGCCGACUUACCAGAUGGAUUCAGUCCAAAUCUCGACAGCGCUCGCGAGAACGGCCCCCAGAUAUUCAAUGCCCUUCACAAUGCGAUGCGCGAGUUUGGGUCGGCCUUACAUCAUAAUGGGAUGUCUCUAUUUCCAGCAGUGAUACCCGAGGGUGUGCUCUUGUAUCAUGGAACCGACACCAAAGAAAUACCCAAGGGGUUGGAAUGGCUUGCAUUCGAAAUAGAGCAUGCGGAAUCUUUUGCUCGUUGUCGUGGACCGCCCCGGAAGCACGCCUAUAAAAGCCCGGGUUCCAUGGAGUUUGCUAUGCAUCUUCCUCCACCGCCGCCCGACAAGGACUCGCGGCCCAGAUGUCCCCCACACUCCCCAGCAGGCCACUUGCACAUCUAUCAGGCUUCACGACCGCUGAAUAUCCUUUACAUCGAUGGCAUGGCGGCUGGUAAGACAGUCAUGGGUACGGUCGAUACCCAGGAUAUCUUACUAUCAGCUAAUAGAAGCCGGUCCUCAUUUAAUGAUUGGGAAAGGGCCGAUGGCCUAUGUGCGCUGGCUCGGAUGUGGAAGAUUGAUGGUUUUAUACGUAUGGAACCUGGUUUCGAGGUCAUCUAUUGUGAUUUUACAGAGGGUUUAAGACUCCUAUCGACCAACCGGCGGCCGGCAACAGACGAGCCGGGUGAUCUGGAUAACAUGCAAAUUGCAAUGUUCGAAUGGGCGAGAGCAGCUUCCCAGAGGUACCAAGGUAUCGGUUCAUCGCGUGUGAUACUUGAUUAUUCCUCCGUGGUCUCUGCUUUCUUCUAUCCAAUCAAUUUGACCAACCCGGAUCCGAAGAGACCAGAUCUACCACGAUUAACGCAGGCUAGCGAUGCAGAGAUGAGUGUCGUGAGGGAACAAGUUGGCGAGCUGGUGCUUCGGUCGGUAUCAUCCCGAAAAGCUCCUGUAGAUUGGCAAGGGGUAACGGAUAUGAUUGUGACCCGAUACGCCAAACGGUUACCCUUUAUUGCUCAAACGGAUUCGAUUGACGUCAUAAGAAAUGAAAUAAACGGCCUCCUAAACAUCUUCAUUGACUACGCAGAAACCGACGACGGCUUUUUGGCUGCGCGACACCGCUGUGUGCAGUUCUAUCUUCAACCUGCGCAUAUACGGACACAAGAAGAUGAGCUCAUAUACGCGGCUAUUGAGAGAACCACCACCACGAUCUGCACUGCGCUUUUCAAGACGCGAGAAGUUAUCGUCGAGGAUACAGAUGCUGAUGAACAAUUAGCAGUCGAUACGGCAAAGCAGAUUAUUCAUGACCUAAUGGGAAUACUGCGUUGGUCGGAAUGGAAGGAAUGCGGCCCUUGCCAAGCAGACGAGUUAUGCUUCGUCGCGAUGUGGCCUUUUGGAAAUGUUGAAGACCAUUAUAACCCCAGCUGUCUGAACUACUCUGCUGUCAUCGGCCGCCACGAUUACUGGCAGCAACGGCCACCACCGCUUUGUAUGAAUGAGCAACCUUGUCAGAAAUACGACGUGAGGAAUGAAGAAUUAUAA